UAGGAAGGGUAUAGUGGAGGGGUUAUUCUUACAGAUUGAUUGUUUGAUUGUGUGUAUAUAUAUAUAUUGAAGAAGUAAUUAAGAGGAUGGGUUUUUCGGAGAACACAACUGGUUUAGUUCUAGCAAUGGUUUCAAGCUUGUUUAUUGGAACGAGUUUUAUCUUGAAGAAGAAAGGUCUCAAGCGUGCUGCUGCUGCUGGCACUCGAGCAGGAGUUGGAGGCUAUACUUAUUUGCUUGAACCCCUUUGGUGGGCAGGCAUGAUUACAAUGAUUGUUGGAGAGGUUUCCAAUUUUGUGGCCUAUAUUUAUGCUCCAGCAGUUCUUGUGACCCCACUUGGUGCGUUGAGUAUAAUUAUCAGUGCUGUCUUGGCACACUGUAUGUUGAGGGAACGGCUACAACGAUUAGGUGUAGUGGGAUGCAUAUUGUGCAUAGUAGGAUCUGUGGUAAUUGUUAUACAUGCACCUCAGGAGCAUAUGCCAACUUCUGUACAAGAAAUCUGGAUUUUGGCAAUUCAACCAGCAUUUGUGAUUUAUGUAGCAGCAACAAUCUCCAUAGUAGCAGCUUUGAUGUUUCAUUAUGAACCUCGUUAUGGGCAGACAAACAUGCUGAUAUAUUUGGGAAUAUGUUCCUUAAUGGGUGCACUUACGGUUGUCAGCAUAAAGGCUAUUGGAAUUGCAAUAAAACUUACUUUGGAAGGAAUUAGUCAGAUUGCCUUUCCGCAGACUUGGUUUUUUCUAGCUGCUGCAGUAAUCUGUAUCAUCACGCAGUUAAAUUAUCUAAACAGGGCACUGGAUACAUUCAAUGCUGCAAUUGUUUCUCCAAUAUAUUAUGUAAUGUUCACCACUUUGACCAUCAUUGCAAGCGCAAUAAUGUUCAAGGACUGGGCUGGGCAAGAUGCUAGUAGCAUAGUAUCUGAGAUCUGUGGAUUUAUCACAGUUCUUUCAGGAACAAUUUUACUCCAUCUGACUAGAGAACAAGAACCAGCAAAUCCACCAGGAAAUAUAUCGUGGUAUGAUGGAGAAGAUAUAAAAGUUAUGGAGGAUGGACAUUACAUAAUGUUGAAUGAUUCAAACUAUUUCCGCUGAUAUCAUCUCGUUGAUAGAGAUUCUAGAUUUCGACUGCAAAAGUUGAAGCUGUAUCCACAGCUGAUGCUUAAUUUGUGAGCAUUCUUGCUCAAGCUCCGCAAUGUUGAGCUUUACAAGUGGGAGACAAGUUCUCGUACAAGCACAAUUUUGGGAAAGGCUAUUGAGUCGAAGUCACCUUGUAACUGAAGCUUGGCAUGGAUCCUUGCUGUGCUGCUGUUCAAAUUGAGGUUUGUACAUACCCGGUGAUGUCUCUUUAUUCAGUUGGCUGUGUAGAGGAUUUUAGUUGAUUCAUGUUGUAAUUUAUUGUGCCACCAAAUUGGUGCAACAUUUUAGGAGUUUUAUAGUGUGAGAAUGUAGCAUAGUUGCAGCAGUAAGUUAGAUCAUGUAUUUUCUGGAGUUCAUGAUAUGGAAAUCUGGCCUGCUAAAUUCUUGACCCGCCACUCUUUAAAAUCUGUUUCAUGUUUGUAUGGUGAGCUAAUUUCACAUCUAAGAGUGAUUGGAUG